AUGAAUUACCCGGGCCGCGGGUCCCCACGGAGCCCCGAACAUAACGGCCGACGCGGCGGCGGCGGCGCUUGGGAGCUGGACUCAGACGCGGGGCCAGCGUUCGGCGGCGGCGUCUGCUGCUUCGAGCACCUGCCCGGCGGGGACCCGGGCGACGGCGACGUGCCCCUGGCCCUGCUGUGCGGGGAACCCGGGCUGCGUUUGGCGCCGGGUACCGAGGACCACAACCACCACCUCGCGCUGGACCCCUGCCUCAGUGACGAGAACUAUGACUUCAGCUCCGCUGAGUCGGGCUCCUCGCUGCGCUACUACAGCGAGGGCGAGAGCGGCGGCGGCGGCAGCUCCUUGUCGCUGCACCCGCCGCAGCAGCCUCCGCUGGUCCCGACGAACUCGGGGGGCGGCGGGGCUACAGGAGGGGCCCCUGGGGAAAGGAAACGUACCCGGCUUGGUGGCCCGGCGGCCCGGCACCGCUAUGAGGUAGUGACGGAGCUGGGCCCGGAGGAGGUACGCUGGUUCUACAAGGAGGACAAGAAGACCUGGAAGCCCUUCAUCGGCUACGACUCGCUCCGCAUCGAGCUCGCCUUCCGGACCGUGCUGCAGACCACGGGUGCCCGGCCCCAGGGCGGGGACCGGGACGGCGACCAUGUGUGCUCCCCCACGGGCCCAGCUUCCAGUUCCGGAGAAGAUGACGAUGAGGACCGCGCCUGCGGCUUCUGUCAGAGUACGACGGGGCACGAGCCGGAGAUGGUGGAGCUGGUGAACAUCGAGCCUGUGUGCGUGCGGGGCGGCCUCUACGAGGUGGAUGUGACCCAAGGAGAGUGCUACCCGGUGUACUGGAACCAGGCUGAUAAAAUACCAGUAAUGCGUGGACAGUGGUUUAUUGAUGGCACUUGGCAGCCUCUAGAAGAGGAAGAAAGUAAUUUAAUUGAGCGAGAACAUCUCAAUUGUUUUAGGGGCCAGCAGAUGCAGGAAAAUUUUGAUAUUGAAGUGUCAAAAUCCAUAGAUGGAAAAGAUGGCAGUGGGAUCAACUAUUCUGUUGUCUACCACCUCCCUCCCUUCUCCCUCCCUUCUCUGUUCAAAUGGAGAAGAUAUAAGGAGAGUACAGAUGCGGCAGGUCUUAAACGAAAGCGUUCCCAAGCUGUUCAUAGUUUCAAGUUGAGUCGAAACCAUGUGGACUGGCACAGUGUGGAUGAAGUAUAUCUUUAUAGUGAUGCAACAACAUCUAAAAUUGCAAGAACAGUUACCCAGAAACUGGGAUUUUCUAAAGCAUCAAGUAGUGGGACCAGACUUCAUAGAGGUUAUGUAGAAGAAGCCACAUUAGAAGACAAGCCAUCACAGACUACCCAUAUUGUAUUUGUUGUGCAUGGCAUUGGGCAGAAAAUGGACCAAGGAAGAAUUAUCAAAAAUACAGCCAUGAUGAGAGAGGCUGCAAGAAAAAUAGAAGAAAGGCAUUUUUCCAACCAUGCAACACAUGUUGAAUUUCUGCCUGUUGAGUGGCGGUCAAAACUUACUCUUGAUGGAGACACUGUUGAUUCCAUUACUCCUGACAAAGUACGAGGUUUAAGGGAUAUGCUGAACAGCAGUGCAAUGGACAUAAUGUAUUAUACUAGUCCACUUUAUAGAGAUGAACUAGUUAAAGGCCUUCAGCAAGAGCUGAAUCGAUUAUAUUCCCUUUUCUGUUCUCGGAAUCCAGACUUUGAAGAAAAAGGGGGUAAAGUCUCAAUAGUAUCACAUUCCUUGGGAUGUGUAAUUACUUAUGACAUAAUGACUGGCUGGAAUCCAGUUCGACUCUAUGAACAGUUGCUGCAAAAGGAAGAAGAGUUGCCUGAUGAACGAUGGAUGAGCUAUGAAGAACGACAUCUUCUUGAUGAACUCUAUAUAACAAAACGACGGCUGAAGGAAAUAGAAGAACGGCUGCAUGGAUUGAAAGCAUUGUCUAUGACACAAACACCUGCCUUAAAAUUUAAGGUUGAGAAUUUCUUCUGUAUGGGAUCCCCAUUAGCAGUUUUCUUGGCGUUGCGUGGCAUCCGCCCAGGAAAUACUGGAAGUCAAGACCAUAUUUUGCCUAGAGAGAUUUGUAACCGGUUACUAAAUAUUUUUCAUCCUACAGAUCCAGUGGCUUAUAGAUUAGAACCAUUAAUACUGAAACACUACAGCAACAUUUCACCUGUCCAGAUCCACUGGUACAAUACUUCAAAUCCUCUACCUUAUGAACAUAUGAAGCCAAGCUUUCUCAACCCAGCUAAAGAACCUACCUCAGUUUCAGAGAAUGAAGGCAUUUCAACCAUACCAAGCCCUGUGACCUCACCAGUCUUGUCCCGCCGACACUAUGGAGAAUCUAUAACAAAUAUAGGCAAAGCAAGCAUAUUAGGGGCUGCUAGCAUUGGAAAGGGACUUGGAGGAAUGUUGUUCUCAAGAUUUGGACGUUCAUCUACAACACAGUCAUCUGAAACAUCAAAGGACUCAAUGGAAGAUGAGAAGAAGCCAGUUGCCUCACCUUCUGCUACCACUGUAGCAACACAGACCCUUCCACACAGCAGUUCUGGCUUCCUUGAUUCUGCAUGUUAGUUCAUACAUUAUUUCCUUAAGUUUAUACUAUGUCAAGAAAACUCUAACUCCUGAGGAAAAUUAAUUUCAAAGAAUUUUGUAAGGCAGCAGGUAAAACGUCAUGGUUCUCUGUAGUGUCAUUAAUGCACAACAGUAGUGCUAGUAAACAUUAGAGUGAGUGAGGGAGCAAGAAGAGCAGGGUAGGGUUUAACCCCCUAGAAAAAGGGUAAUGAAAAUGUAUGUAUAGAAUCUAUAGGCUCUGAGGGAAUAAAACUUUUUUAGUUUUUUUUGUUUUUCUGUUUAACAUAGUAAUUUCAGAAUAAUAGAGAAACCCCCAGUUGUUUCUUCCAGAACAGCAGUUAGUAGAGGUGCAUAGCUGUAUUGCAUCUUUUUAUUUUGAGAGCUUAACAAAAUACAUACUAUGUCAUUCUUACACAUAAAUUCUUUGAUAGUCCAAAUGGUAAAUUUGUUGUCAACAAGACUCAAUGUGAGGUAAUUAUGAGUCUUACACAUAUUCACAUAUUAUACAUACUUAUAUAUUAUACAUAUUACACAUAUUCACCUCUAGAUAUAGCUAUAACUAUUAAAAUUGGACUAUUAUAAUAAGAUUCUGCCUUUUAAAUCCUAUUCCCAAGAUUUGCUUUACUAAUUAUUUGGCUUGCUUCAAUAAUGUAAUCUGUGUAAUCGUCAUAAUUUCUCGUCGUAAGUGCUGUCUUGGCUAUAUCGUGCAAAUCAUAAAACUUUUCUUCAUUAAAUCUUCUUUCUGAAAUUUGGUCAUUGUGAUUAGGUGAUUCUGGCUUCCCUCCUUUCUUCCUUCUACUUACAUUAAUUGCCUCAGUUCUUCUGGAUAACCUUUAUUCUGAAGCUACCGACUUUGAUUCACUUGCUAUUUGAGGGUAAAAUGGGGCACAGGCUUAGAAUUCAUGAUCUAUCUGUUUCUUUAUGUGAAGAAUGAGUGUUGUCAAUUGAAACCUAUUUUAUUUUCAUCCAGUUGAAGCAUCUUACGUAGCUAUUCUUCAUUUCUUUUGAAAAGUCUAGACUUCUUUUCUAACAUAUAAUGCAAAGAUCUGUUUCUUUUAGCCUUGUUUUGCAUCUAGGUUAGGAACUAAAUUAGCUGUGAAUUUGAGGAAUAUCUGGGUGUUAACAGAUUGUGAGAUUAUAUUUCAAGUUAGUUAUGCUUACAUUUUCCAUGAAAGAGCUCGUUACAAAAAUUAAGAUGUGUACUACUUUAUGUAUGCUAGAUUUAGUCAGCUUAUUUGGGAGUGUUGUUCUAACUUUUGGCCACUACAUCAUUGAAGGCCAUUGUUAAUCAUCAGCCAACCCUUUACAGCAUCUUGUGUUUUUUUUUUCACAGAUUUCAGACUUCAAGAAUCGUU